AUGCUGAUCAAGAAGAUUAUUUCCAAAUGCCACGUGUGCUGUCGCCAUAACCCCCGUCCAGUGGCCCAGUACAUGGGAAAUUUGCCGGACUACCGAAUCACUCCAGCACCUGUCUUUUCGAAUACGGGAAUUGAUUACGCGGGUCCAAUUUUCCUCAAGGAAGCAGGUAGGAAGACCGUAGUGUACAAGGCGUAUAUUUGCGUGUUUGUUUGCAUGGCCGCUAAGGCCAUACAUAUGGAGGUUGUUUCAAACUUGACGGCUGGAAAUUUCAUUGCUGCUUUGCAGCGCUUUAUUAGUCGACGAGGUAUGGUAGCUAACAUCUACUCUGAUAAUGGCACUACGUUUGUUGGUGCCAAUCACGAACUGGCGGCUUUGCGCCAGUUAUUCGAGGAUCAGGCGACCCAGAGGAAGCUGACUGAUUUCUGUAUUUCCAAAGGAAUCCAGUGGCACUUCAUACCGCCACGCAGCCCCCAUUUUGGCGGCAUUUGGGAGGCUGGCGUUAAGUCAGUAAAACACCAUCUAAAACGAGUUGUUGGCGAGACCAAGCUGACGUUCGAGGAAGUGUCAACGUUUUUGGCACAAUGCGAGGCGAUCCUGAACAGCCGGCCCCUCAUUCCGGUUUCCAACGAUCCCAACGAUGUCGAGGUGCUGACGCCGUCACACUUCCUUAUUCAAAGACCGGCCUUGAGCAUUCCGGAGCCUUCAUACGACGAGGUGAAGAUUGGUCGACUUAGCCGUUGGCAACAUGUUCAGCUGAUGAAGGAGCAUUUCUGGAAGCGAUGGUCGGCUGAGUACUUGCACCACCUACAAUCUCGACCGAAAUGGCAUAGCGGAGUGACGGACAUCAAGAUCGGUGCAUUGGUGGUACUCAAGGGGGUAGACAGCUUUUGCUCUGAAGCAUACUCUUGA